AUGAGUGCACAGGGCAGAGGGCGUCGAGUGGGGAUGAGCAAAUAUGAGAAAACUAGCCCCCUUCUCAAGUCUCUCCCUCGAUCCAGACCCGAGGACCCCCAGAGGAUGCCUUCUCAUGAGAAGGGUGCUGUGCAUGACCGCGAGGCGAUCGAAGCGCCGCCAAUUAGCUCUGAUUUUGAAGACGAUGAGGAGCCGAGCGUGGAACAGACUGCUCUGGCACAGGACAAGAGUUCAAAGUUCAUCUCGCCCAGUGAGCCAGAAGAAGAGGAUUCGCCGCCGAGAGGUGACAUAAAACCAACUCAGUUCAACAAGAGGUCCACUGUCACCAAGACUUUUGGUCAGCAGCCUCAGAGAUAUGGUGGCUCAAAGGCCUUUCUAGACUCAACGAAAGCUAAGAAGGCGGCCGCCGCCGCAGCCGCAAAGGGCCUCUCUGGUAGCCAUGACGACGUCGACGAGAAGGACCCUGCUCUUUUCAACGCCAGUCUUCUCCGUAACGAGGUCAAGGAUAAGGUGUACAGGAUGGCAGGGAAGCGACCUCGGAGCCCACCUCCUCCUAAAAAGUCGUUCCGAAACGGGCAAAGAAAGCUCGCGGUGACUACUGAGGAUGAAGCUGCGAGCAUGGCCCUACCCAAACUCAAGCUGUUUGACGACUUCUUAGACUCUGAGUCGGAGAAGUCGGCAGGGCCAAGGCCUUCCCUUCAGAUAUCCAGCAAAUAUCUUGACUCGCCAUCACCUAAAAAGCCUCUGCCUCAAGUCCUGCAGGCGUUAUCUGUGUCUCCCAGACGCCCGGAAGAUAAACUAUCGACGACUUUGAACGUCAACUUUCUGGACUCGCCGGUCCGGCAAAGAAAGGUGAGCAGGCCGGCCGCGAGGAAUUCAAGAGUUUCCAGAGGCUCUACGGUCUCCUCGGAUGAGGAGCCAAAGUCGGUCAAGGUGACCAAAACCUCGCGGCGCAGGGGCGGCUCAGAGCGGAUUGAGCUCGACCUUGACAGCAACGAUUCUCCAUUGUCCGACUUGGACUCGAGCGAUCUAGAAGAGGUAGUAAAUACGCCGGAUGCUGAGUACAUAGAGUGGAAGAAGCUCGAUAGGCGCAUAGCAGAGCACUUUGGCUUUCUUGAAAAGAUCCUCAAGGGUGGAAAGUCACACUACGGGGACAAACUAGCCCAGGACGUCAAGGAUGGCAAGAGUCGUAAUCUGAUGAAGGCCGGUUUUGAUAGUCCGCCGGGCUACUACGGAACGCGUGGUUUCAGGGCUAUGCAAGAGGCCAUCUUUGGCCGAUUCUCGAGCCUCUUGAGGCAAAGAGCGGUAGAAGACGCUCUCGUAUCGUCUCGUGGCUACUCUAUCUACGUCCAGGCGGUGCUCGUGCCCGAGCUAGCCGUCCGGCUUGUGAUGGAGGAUAUGGGUGUGGGGUCUGAGGCCGCACGAAAGAUUCUCGAGGAAAGUGAGGCGAUUGGCGAGCUCCUGUGCGAGGAUAUAGGGGAUAUUGUGGAUGAAGAUGACGAGGACCUUUUUGAGCCGACGAAUGUGUGA